UUUGUGUUUCCUUACUCCAAAUUCUCGCAAGAUCUUAGAGGUAAAUUCCUAAAAAUUUCAUCUUUCUCGUUCUUGGUUCUUGCAAAUCUGAAACUUUCCAUACCCAGUUGCCAAGUUUCGCAUUUUUGUUAGUGUAAGAUCCAUCGAUGUACUGAGUGAUUUUGAGCUGCAACCUAGAUACUCUUUUAAUGGAGGAACAGAGAGAGGAGAGUGAGUUUUGCAAUGAACCCAUGGAGGAGGAAGCUGGUAAGGGAUUUGGUUUAUCUUCUGAAACUGAAACCCUAGGUGGUGAGGAUACAAACACGGUACAGGUUUCGGAUUCAGGUGUUUCCGGUGUUAGUGGGAUUGAAGCAGAUCCAAAUAAUGGAGAUGGCAAUACGGAUAAUUUGGUUUCUGAUCAGGAACAUGUGAAAGCUGAUGAUGUUGAGGAGACAGAAGAUAACGUUGAUGAUGAUGAUGAUGUUGUUGAGGUUAGUGGUGAGGAGACUAGAGAUAACGUUGAUAAUGAUGUUGAGGUUAGUGGUGAGGAGACUAAAGAUAACGUUGAUGUUGCACUGACUGAUGCUACUACGGAUCUUGAAGUUGAGAGAAAAGGUGAGACGGCUAAGUCUGAAGUUAAGAGUAACCAUAGUGAAAGUCAUGAAAGUGCAGGAGAAGGGGAAAAUGUAACUUAUGAGAAUAAUGGUGAUUACGAGAACAAGGCUGAGGAAUCACCAAAGAAGAGUGAAAUGGAUGAUAAGAAUAUGGAAGAUGAUAGCAAACAGGGAAAUGAGGAGAAUGUGGGAUCAGAGACCGGAGAUGCUAUAGUUCCAGAGGAGUUUAAUCAAUUAAGCGAAAGGGAAACAAACGAAGUAAUUCCAGGUACUGUUUCGGAAGUUAACCAAAAUGAAGAAAAUGGAGAAGCCAUGGAGAUUGAUAAUGAGGCAGAGGAACAAGUGGAAGAUGAUGUUAAAGAUAUUCCAGUAGCUGAAGCUGACGUGAAUGAACUAGAGGAAAUGGAAAUUAGCGAACGGAAAGAUAAUGCUGAUGCGGCAAGUGAUCUUACCGGAACAAUUGUGUCUACUGAUUUAGCAAACCCAAACAGUCCCUCUGAAAAUGCUGAUCCAGGUGAAGUUGAACCGUUGGAUCAUCAUGCUCUUUUUGAUCCAACUUCUGAUAUUACCAACUUUAUUGAUUUCAGUGGUGUAUCAUCUUGGUCAGGAAAUAUACAAGACCUUAAAACCGACACGAGGAAUAUAUCUUCGAAAGAGGAUAAGAAAGCUGCUGAUAUGACAGAGGAAGAUGCCUUGGUGGGUAUUGAAAAUGGAUCGAGUGGAGCAAACUCUCCAGCUGCUGCUAUCUAUUGUUCAAAAGAGGCCUCUGAUACAAUUUUGGUAUCUGAAGAAAAUCAAGAAAAUAAAGAUCAUGAUAAGGAAACAGCAGAUCAAAAAGAUACAAUGAGAGAGGAAGAGGACAUUACUCAUGAAGCCCAAAGUAUCAAUCCAAACCAAAAGGAAGAUACAGAAAUGGAAGAAGAUCCCAAUAGUUCUACUGUAACAGGAACUGAAGCAUACAAGGUUGAGGAAAUGGGCGACACAUACUGGACGGACAGAGUGAUCCAUAAUGGUGGUGAAGAGCAAACAUCACCGACUGAAAAAGGAAAUUAUCAAGUUGUGCCAGUUGAGUUAAAACCUGCUCAGGUUCAAAGGACUCGUCGGCCUUACAGAAGACGACAGACUCAGAUCAAUAUUCCUCUUUCAGUCUCUGGCAAACCGGCAAACUUUGAUGAGAAUGCACCAGCUGAACUUGUAAUGAAGUUUUCUGAAGUGGAUACUAUACCUCCUGAGAAGAGCCUGAGUAAAAUGUUUAAGCGUUUUGGACCAAUAAAGGAGUCGCAAACUGAAGUUGACAAGGAAAAUAAACGGGCUAGAGUAGUUUAUAGGAAGGGUGCUGAUGCCGAGGUUGCUUACAACAGCGCAGGAAGGUUCAGUAUAUUUGGGACGAAAGCUGUGAAUUACGAGCUCAGCUAUACGAUAACUGAAACAUUAAAUGAUCGGCCUAAUGUUGUGUCUUCAGGCGAGGAGGAUGCAGCACUAUGUCUCCCAUCCUAGAUGUAGUCGCUUCAGGCAUAGUUCAGGUGAAAGAAUCGGCAUGCAUCAAGAGAAGUACACGAUGACGACGUAGCUCAAUAGAUUGGAUGCUCUUGCUUCUUCUUGUUGUUGUUGUUGUUAUCCUUUAGGUAGAGAUUAAGGUUUUAGGGGAGAUCAUGCAAGUUCAAGAAUUCUAUCUGCUAUCUUGGAGGUUAGAGAGACAGUUCCCUUUUUGUAUUCUAAGAGAUCGAUAGAAGUUUAAUGAUUUUGCCAAUACCGUAGUUCGAUCAAAUCUUUAUACGGAUCGAUCAAUUUCU